AGGAGGAGGAGGACGCAGAUAUAUUAUUGACGUUAUUCCAGGCAGUGCGCAGGACAUACUUCUCAUCAGGCCUGCGGUAAACUACAGCGCGAAGAAUGGGAAGGAGGCUACGCGGUGGGGUUAACGCCGAAAGCCUGGUCGCCUCCACCGAACACGGACUUUUGCUUUUAAGCGGCGUGUCCACGGGGAUCUAGCAGGCUCGCAGCACAGGCUAGCUCCGCAGCGAGGCUAGCGUGCUAGCAAAACUCCUGCCUUUAAUUGUUUUUGGCCCGCAACGAAACUCUCAACUAUAGGAUCCGUCGCAUGCACAGAAAAAGAAAAUGGUUUACCUGUUGAACCCUAUAGAGAACCUGAGAAACUACAUCAACAACCGUCCACCGCUGGUCAUUUUUAUGAUCAGUGUCAGUGCGGUGGCCAUCGCCUUCCUGACCAUCGGGUAUUUCUUCAAGAUUAAAGAGAUCAAGUCUCCAGAGUUGACAGAGGACUGGAACACGUUUCUGCUGCGCUUCAACGACCUGGACUUCUGCGUGUCGGAGAACGAAACGAUAAAGCACGGCCUGAACGAGUCGACCACGCCCGAGAGCAUGGUGGUGACCAGCGGCCAGGCUCGAUCCAGCACCCAGGCCCCUCUCCUGCUGGAGGACUCGGGCCCCAUCAACAUCUCAGUCCCCAUCACACUCACGCUGGACCCGCAGCGCCCGUUUGGAGGCUACUCUCGCAAUAUCACCCACCUGUACGCCACAGUGCUGGGGCAGCAAGUUGGUCUUUCUAGCCGGGAAGCCCAUGAAGAAAUAAACAUCACGUUCACCCUGCCUUUAUCCUGGAACUCAGACGAGUGUGUGCUGCACGGACACUGCGAGCAGGUGGUGUUCAGCACUUGCAUGACCAUCACAGCGGCCAGCAAUAUCUUCCCAGUCACAGUGCAGCCGCCACACUGUGUGCCAGAGACGUACACCAACGCCACGUCCUGGUACAAGGUCUUCACCACGGUCCGUGACUCGGACACCAAAUACAGUCAGGACUACAACCCGUUCUGGUGUUACAAAGGAGCCAUCGGCAAGGUGUACCAUGCGCUCAACCCGAAGCUGACUGUCAUCGUGCCAGACGACGACCGUUCUCUCAUCAACCUGCAUCUGAUGCACACAAGCUACUUCCUGUUUGUCAUGGUCAUCACGAUGUUCUGCUACGCAGUCAUCAAAGGGCGCCCAGGCAAAGUACGACAAACCAACCCCGACUUCUGCCCAGAGAAGGUACAUCAGACACCAGCAGUGCUAUAUGACCUCAACAGGUGGCGCUGUCAGAGAGUUAAAAUGACGUCGGAGCGUUACGUCAGAACGUAACGGAAACACGGACAAACUCAAAGAAAAACGGAAGGAAUAAAAAUAAACAUACCAGUUGCCUAGUGAACCUUGGACUUUGGUACAGUAAAGGGACUCAAAACGCUCUGUGAAUGCAUUACUCUUGCAAUGUUGGGUUUCUCCAACCAAAGAUAUACAAGUGCCUGUAUGUGUGGUGUAAAUAUUUGUAGGAACUCUUAAUAUUCUGUGCAAGACCUGUUUGUUUUUUUCUUUUCUUUACUCUUAAUUUUUUUCCAUUUUGGUUUAUUGUUAUUAUUUUGCCUGAAAUCCCUUGUGCCAUGUCGGAACAUGCAGUACGUAAACAAAGCAGAUUCAUCGGCAUUUAUCUCGUAGCCAGUUAUUUGUUUUCUUUCUUUGAAGCAAAACAAGAAGAAGGAAAAAAAAGGUUAGGGUUUUGCACAUUCUCAUGACCUUUAUCGCAGAUUUACGGUGUGAUUUUUUUUUUUUUUUAGUUUACAAAUGAGAUUUCCAAAGUAUUUUUGACCUCCCAUGAUGUUUGAAGUCGUUUCCAAAAAUGUCCGGAAUGUUGGAUUUGGACCUUCGUUUUGUGGAAGAUUGUCGCGUUCACAACGAAUGUUCCGAAAGGGGGCGGAGCUUGUCUCUAGCAUGCAGCACUCACCCGCUACCUCACGAUGAAUGAAAUCCAGAAGGAGCUGGCAGAACGUUCUUUAAAGAACUGCAUCUUCCUUUUUCCAGCAGCCAUUUAGUCUCAAGAUCGAUUUAUUUCUUUUAAAAAGUUUGGAUUUCAACACUCAUCGCAAAUACCAGUUUUUUCCUGUAAAUGUUUGUUUACAGACUCGAUUUUUAGAGUAUUUUUUACCUCCCACGAUCAAUGAGCAUGACUUUUAGUCUGAAAACUUUGGUUCAGACAUUCUCUGGAGUUUGUCGAUCAUUAAUGACGAGUGUAGUAGUGUAGAGUUCGCAACAACAGGCAAGAAUUUAAUUAGUCUCAAAAUUGUGCUAAAUUGAAUUUGUCAAAGUUGGAUUAACACAGCCGAUAAUGCGAUAGUACUACAGCUACUGCGUCGUGUUUAUAUGUUGCAUGUCAUGUCAUGUAACAUAUAAACUGAAAACUGGAAAAAGGACCAUCGUCCAACUGAACGUCAAAAUCUAGCUGCGAAACCGCCAACCUGAAAGAGGGGAGUUUCGCCCCCUUGUGAAUUUCAAUAAAUCUUUGCCCUCGACUUAGAAACUGGAAAAAAAAGAACCACAGUCCAACUGAGCGUCACAAUCUAGCUCAGAGACGUCUGAGAGAAAUUGGCUCCAGACGUUCUCCAUAGUUUGCGUAGUGCAGACAAAUGUCUUGAGCGACUUUAGUGGAACUUUUUUGCGUUUUACAUCCAACCCUUUUUGGACAAUCUCUGAAUAUUCUUAAACACCUGCUCGAGGAUGAGAUGCUUUUGUUAAAUCUUCAGUUUGGGCAUUUUUGAGCUUUCAAACAGGGAGGAGAAUGAAUGUCGCGAGUAUUUAGCAGUCUUUAUUUUUCAUGUCAGUAGCAGCAAAUUAAGCUGCGUAGUAACCUGUGGUUUGUGUUGAUCAUUUGUUUUCAGUGUUGUUGUCACUCUUAAAGUAUGAUUUUCGACAUUUUGCCUGUCACUCGACUUCCACGUUCAAUAACGGUCUCUUUUUUUGUUGCACCAAAAUACGAUCUUGCCUUACCGACUGUACGACGUGAUUAACUUCCACAGCCGUCCUUUUCUUUUCGUUCUUGUUAUUCCACUUCUGAUGAGCCUGUGGUUUUGAACUUUCCUUCUGUUUGGUUGUAAAUAACACAUGGCCCUUUUUUUUUUUUUUUUUUUUGCUCUGCUUUGAACUGACUUGUGCUUUUUAUUUUUAAGCAGCUCAAUACCAGUUGCACGUUUUCCAAGUGUUGGCAAAGUUUGUGCACCUUCAGAUUUCUUGCACAUUGUGUUAUUUACCCCCCCCCACUGCAUUAUUUUUCCACUGCAACAUAAUGUGCAAAAACUCACUCGGUGUGUGGAUGUGGGUGUUCAGUGAGUUUGGUUGAAGGAAGGCGGUUUUAGGCUGUGCUUCUCUAGAAGAUUUUUUCCGCGUGGCGAAGCAUCUCGAGGCAUUUUACGUGUUUUUUUUGGGAACACCGCAUGGCCGAAUUGACAAUCACGUAUCACAGCCCUGGUGGACUUGCGCAUCAGGGUCCUGUAGUGUCCCACUUCACCAUCGGGUGGCAGUCGGCACAAGUCUGGACGUAGGGAAUAGGACGCAUUCCUACCAAAGAAGAAGAGAAUGAUGCUACACGUCUGGUCCGAGCGGCCCACCCCUGAAAGGCCCGUCGGGGAGCAGAGUCGGGGUGUCAGCCGGUUCGAGGGUCGCCAGGUCGAGUCUCGGAUGACUUUCCUUGGCGACUUCUUCUUCUUCUUCUGUUGUCGAAAUGUUUUUUCUGCUUGGUGAGGCGGGUUUAUACUCCCACACGCACCCAACGCACUCUUUGCGCACAGUUCCAUGGAAGUAUACCAGGGGCUUAAAAGUGAGCUAAAUUUGACGCAGAUGCUUUAAACUUAGCUUAUGAAAAAUUAAAAAAAUAACUAGAGAAUGAAUAACAAUCUAAAUCCGCCUUUAAUAUAUUAUUAUUACUAUUAUUAUUAGGUAUUGGGUUUUUUUUUGUUUCAGUAGCGAUUGCUGAUAGAUGUGAUUUACCUCUGUGUUAUAUUUCUGUUCCAUAUUUAAAGUACCUGUUGAAUGUACUUUUUUAAUAAGAAGCAUAAUCUGAAUCUUGAGAUGCAGGAAUUCCAAGUGAUUUUGAAAAUAUGAUGUAGUUUAUUCUUAUUGUUUUGUUUUUUCAGUUUGAAAGGCUUGACUUGAAUUAUGUUUUAGUUCAAGUGGAAUUCAUUCACGUAACGGUUUAUCUUUUUUUCCUUUGUGACACACGGAUGAAUCUGUUGUCAAACUGUUGUAUCAGACACUUUGUACAUGUGUUGAUUGAAUUGUUUUGUGUGUCUGCACACGCACGUGUGUGUUGGUGAAUGAGUGAUUUUUUUUUUUUGUGAAUGAUGCUGGGACAAGUCUUCCAAAGUCUUUGAUUUGUGUGCAUCAUAUUUGAGCUUGCAUGUGUUGCCUUCACUGUCAUCCUCCGUGUCCCGACUCUUUUUGGAAAAUGUGGCACCUCCUGCUGGACGUUGUCAGUCGGGAAGUUGAAGAUGUGAAAGAAAGAUGCCAUACUGUUGCCAAACUGCGACAUUUAAAGGGGAUACAUGUAAAAAGAAAGGCUUUUUUAAUUCAAAUAAUUGUUGGAAAAGUUUCAGGCCUUAUCCACAUGGAAACAGAACUCCCGAUACAAUUGUUUUCUUUUUCGUUCUCAUGAAGUUUUCCGUAAAUACGGCACCAGUUGCAAAUUGGUUGUAUCCAUGAAAAUGGGUUUGUUUGGGGUUUCUUUUGGGCUUUUGGAGGGUUUGAAAAAUAGUAUUUUAAGGCCCUAACCUUUGCAGAUUCUCCUCAAAGCGUUCUUGCAUGUACAGGCCCCUAAAACCCGCCUUUACACCAAAGUGGAAGUGCGUCUGCUCCAAUGUGAAAGUAACAUUGUAUGCGGCGUUAAACAUCCACCAACGAUGUGUUUGAGAGUGUUCGCGAACCUUGGCUGUAACUUUUCUGUUUAAGACAAUAUAAUCUGUUUUCAACGUACUCUCCACGUACAGCUGUUGAUUUUUGACGCAUAUUCACUGCAAAAACCCUUCUUUUUUAAAAGAUUUAUAUUAAAUUAUAAGUCAAUUUUAUUUAAAUGUAACCAGUUUCUUACAUGUAGCCCCUUUAAUGUCGAUGACCUCCAUUUUUUGCAUCUUUUCCCUCUGUGUGAUUUUUUUGGUUUGUUUCCGUCUUUGCGCAUCUAAAUGCAAAAUGCCUUAACAUUGUACGGUUUCAUUUGAAUUUUUCACACACUGUAAAACGCUUUUCCCGGCAGACGCGCCGUCACCUCUGAGCUAAACUAACGACCACGCUUGCUGUUGUAGUUUUGAAUCGACUCCACUAUAUAUCACUUAAGGACUGGAGUGAAAACAGUGCAGCAUCAUCAUACUCAGCCUGAAAUGUCACGGCAAUCGUUGGCGUCACCGGAUUUUCUCCAGUACUAGGCAGCGGCGGCCAUUUCAAGUCACCUCCAUUAUCCGUUCUGUCACAUUAGCAGCGCUUAGGCAAGUAUUAAGCCAACUCUGUGCCUUUCUGCACUAUCGAGCUGCAUCCUCUUCCCCAUACAUACGGUAAAUAGGACCAUAGGUUUAAUGUGGCUAUAAGAUUUAAGUCAUUUGAAUCCUCUUCCUCCCCAGUGGAACUGCUGUAAAUUAUUAAAGUUCAAAUAAACUGUCUCGAAAUGAUAAAUAAAAAUGAUUGGUUGUCUCACGUUGA